UCUUGAAACGAAGUUUACAAAAUAAACUUGAAUUGGGAAAUUUUCUUAUUCGCAAAUAUUUUGAAAUGUCGUAUAUGUCAGAAGUAGAACGUUCAAAGCUGAAAUAUCCAGAUUACUGGGACCGAGAACCUGACACCUGGGGAAGCAUAAAAGAUUGGGACUUUUACUUGCUUAAGAAACUGGAUUCGUCACAGAAAAGUGAUAGUAAAUUUUGGGAGAAGAAGGAACAAAUCUCAUCAUUACUUUUGGAGGCUGAUGUGGUCGAAUUGGAAUUGGAAAUCGCCAAGAAAAGGGGAAGAUAUGAUGUUCAUCAAAUAGCAAGACGAGGAUAUAAAACAUAUUCAGACAUAGAAUUUGGUCCAGAAGAACGAGAACAGAAGAGAAUUAGAGAUGAUUGUGUAGAUACCACUCCCUAUAUCAAUAAUUCGAGAAGUACCACUUCUGCAAUUCCAGCAUCAGAGGCCAAGCAAAACCAUACUUCCGAAAAUAAUAAAGACCUUGAUGAAAUGCUUAAAUUCGAUUUAAAAAGGAUUGAGAAGCAGUUGCAAAGUUCACUCACAAUUGAGUAUCAGUUUGACGUGAUUAAGAAGGCGAAAAAUGAAAGUUUGACAUAUAAGGAUGUUACUGAAAUCUUAGCUUUGUCAUCAGUAAUGUUACUUUGUCCAUCAUGCCCGUAUCCUAUAUUCACGAAUCGAGAAUGGAAAGAGAUAACUAGAGCUAAUCCUUAUACCAUAAAAGAACCACCACUUCCACCAGAGAUUUCGUCAUCUCUUCAUAAUACAGCUAGUAGAUAUUUAUAUGGUGAAGACGUAUUUAUGGAUCGUGGAGAAUCGGAGUUGGGUAAGAAGGUCGCGCUAAUGUUUAACAACUUAUAUGCUUGUAUUCCAGAGAUUGCUCCCUCAAAAUUAUCUGAGGAAGAACACAUUGAUAUGUUUGUUUAUCCAAUAACUCGUUCAUUGUUUCGUGGUCCUGAAAAAGAAUACGAACUUAGACUAAAUCGUGCCGUGCAGGCUCAAAAAAAGACCGAUCUUUCUUGCGUAGUUGAUGAUAUAACAAUUUUGAACUCGGAAUUCAAACCUUUAGGGUGUUAUCCAAGGCAACGGUAUGAAGAAAAAUUGAAAGCACAAUUACGGGGCAGAAAAUCAAUUAACCAGCAACUGCAAAAGAAGGAUGGUCCGGGUGAAUCUGCUAUUUUCACUAAUUUAGGUAAUUUGAUGGAAUCGUAUUUCAUGGAUCUGAAGUAUGAUGGAAUCUAUCGUUCUUGGCAUUUUCUCACAACUCGACUGGUUGUAGACAAAACAACAAUCCCACAAUGUGAUUUUGCAAUAAGCCAUAUGAUUGCUUUAGAGGAACAAGUCAGCAAAAUUUCGGAAAACUACAAAUAUCGAGAGCACCAAAGUAGUCAAACUAUGCUACCUAUACAGAAAUCAUUCAUGC